AUCAUUCAGUUGCUUUCCGCUUCCUUCCAGAAGUCAGCGGAUCUCCCCAGCGCAGCAGUAGUUUGUACAUUCCUGGAAGCAGCAGAGUGUGCACGCAGCCACGAGGAGAUAACUAACUCUCAGGAGAAAAUACCUCCCAAACGACCAAAGAACACAGGUGAUAUUAGGGACUUUUUUGCUAAGCAAAGGGACAGUCCCAGUGGCAGCAGCAGCAGAGCAACCAUGCAGCCAGAGGGACCUAAAUCCCCUCAGGGAUUUACACGAUGUGUGAAGAAAGAAAAUGACAGUGAUUUCAUUGUCCAACACUCACAUGAAUUCACAGUGAAAUUUGGUCAAAAUAGUAAUGAAUACACUGUUCAGUGUGAUCAGCUUCGCACAGUUCUAGAAGCCAUAAAAUCAAAUGAGGAAUGCAAUGAGAACAUUACGUAUGCAGAUGAGAACAUUAUCAUUCAGUUAGGUAAAGAGGAUAAGAAGUCAAGUGUUGCAACACAUUUCCCCUGUUCUUGUAUUGAUGAUGGUGAGUGUCUGAUCAUAUCACGUAGAGCAGAAAAAGUUGAAGGUAAAGUCCAACAUUCCAAAAUAGUGCAUCCAAAAGGGCACUAUUCUGUCUUCUAUAUAGACACAGUUGGUGGGCUACACACUAAAAAAAAGAAACUUUUUAAAAAUAAUCAUGUAAAACAUUUCAAGAACCUCUGUGUUUAUGGAGAAAAGGGAAUAACUGUGGCUGAGGCUCUGAAGAGAGACGGUCGCUUCAUUGAUGACCUUGGCAGCUUUAAGCUGUCUGACAAUAAUAACCCAGACCACCUCACUGUAUGCACACAAAAGGUAAAAAACCUACACCAGAAACAAUUCAAGAUACGCCUUCCAAAAGAUAAAAAAAAAAUAAAAAAUGAAAAGCUGCAAGAAAGCCCAUCAAAUAAUUCUCAAAGUAAAUGUGAAAGCAGAUCAGAGUCAGAGAUUAUCGAUUUAACACGACAGGAGGGAAUCUGUGUAAAAACAGUGAUAGAAACCAGCAGUGAUGUUGAUAGAGACAAGAUUUAUGAACUACUGCGUGAGCAGUUUCCAGAUCUGAAACGAUUGAUGGAGAGAAGAUUCCCUGGUGAUUCUUUCCAGGAAGCACUGAAUCUCAGGAAGGAAAACUUUGGAAAGAUCCAGCAGUCCUUCAGCCAAGUUCACAGAGUCAGGAAGCUGCUAGAACUGGGAAAGUCAGUUUGCAAACUCGUUAUUAAGGAUGUUUCUAUGGGAACAGGCUUUGUGCUGUUUGAUACUUUCAUCCUGACUAGCGCACAUUUAUUUGAAGGUUACGUUGAAGGAAAGGAGCUGCAGCACGAUGUAGAAGUGUUUGCUAUUUUUGAUUAUGAGGAGCCUGAGCCAGAAAAAAAUUCCCACUACUUUAGAGCAAAGAAUACAUUCAUUGACUUUGAUGCUGAACUAGAUUAUGCAGUUCUGGAGCUCAACCCUGAAGGCUCAAAACCAAACCAGCAAAAGACAGCACAGAAGAUAAUGGUCCCACCAGGGCUGCUCAGCAAGUUUGGUCCACUGCCUGCCAAUGGUGAAGCCUGCAUCAUUGGACAUCCAGCAGGGCAAGUAAAAGAAAUGGAUCCUACAUUUAUCAUUGAGAUAGAGAAGAGAGGGCAGGCUAUAGAUGAACAUUUGAGUCAGCACAAACACCCAUUUAUCAUAAACUCGCUCAGUGAUCAUGUCAGAAAGCAAGGCAUUGAAAACAUAUUGCAGGGUGGACAUAAAGCAGGAAAAGUAGGGACCUACAACACUUUCAUGUAUCACGGUGCCUCUGGCUCUCCAGUGUUUAAUGGACUUGGCAAAGUUUUUGGUUUGCACACUGCAGGAUAUACCUAUGGUUUUAUAAAACAAGUCGAAAGUGUAAUUGAGUAUGCCCAUCCGCUGACUAUGAUAUUUGAAAGGUUUGUGAGUAAUCUAAAGAACAGUGGAAAUGAGGAACUGUUGAAAAGAGUUGAGGAGGAGGCAAAGGAAAACAAGUUACUGACAGACGUACUCAACAUAAAGCAGGAGGCUCCUGCUCCUGUGGAGCAAAUGGAGGUCAGUUAUUCAGGUUAGAGAAUCCUUCAGCAUAAGGGCAAUAUUUUAUGCAUUUAUAUAUAUGAAUAUGAUUGGUUAGCUCUUAACUUGUGGUUGAUAAAAUCAAUAAAUUCUAAACAGGAUUUCAGUAGUUAGUAAUAACAGAAAAUGUUUCUGCGUCUGAAGAUGAAACUAAUGGGGUUGUGAUGUACUCAGAGAUUGUCAGUUUUACAGUUUUUGAUUUUUGUUGAUCUUUAAAAAUGGAAUUUAUUUUCGAUUUUAAACUUCCUGCAUGUUUUUAAAACUCACUCGAGUUUCAUUCAGUAAGUCUAAACAUGAAGUUACCACAUUUUUCAACAUAAGUUCAAAAGUGCAAAUUUUCCUUUCUUUCAUAAAGACUGUGUCGUGGUCCUGGGUCACACAGUGUUCAAUGACAGACUUCAUGCAUUUAGUUUAAUUUGCAUUUCUUUCAUUACUUUUCGCUAUUAUGUUUCGAUACAUAUUCUUUUUUCAUUUGUUAUUUUGAUGUUGGAAAAUACAAAUUAAUUUUUCUUUGUAUUUGUUUGAGUUCAUUUUGAAAAGUCACCAUUAAACAAUAUUUGGUUGAUAAUAAAUGGGAAGUGAAGCAUCACAGCAGUUCCUUGUCUGUGUGGUAAAAAGUUGAGAUGAAGUCAAUGACAAACUACAACGCUUCACGAGGAAGGUAAGGUAAGGUAACUUUAUUUAUACCCAAAGACAAGGUAAAUUUGCUUUACAGAAAAAUGACAGCAUUUGGCAUCCCUUUAAAAACAAACAAAAAAAAACCCCACACAUACCUAGUAAAUAUAUA